CCACCGAUGGAAGCCAUUCCAUGCAUAAGGUUUCAGUGCUGGUGGACGAACUAUCGUGCUUAGCAUUUCGAGGUUUUAUUUUAGUUAAAAUUGUGGAAUAUUUAAGUUAAUUUAUCUCUAAAAUUCGUGUUACUUGUGCUGUUGAACCAUGGCGGACGAAGAUCAGCGAAUUCGUGAUGUUCAGCGGGAAUAUUUGGACUUUCUGGAUGAUGAGGAGGAUCAAGGAACCUACACGGCACACGUCCGUAAAAUGGUCACGGACAAUGCCAAACGCUUGGUUGUGAAUGUAAAUGACCUUCGCCGAAAGAAUCCUGCCCGUGCCCAAGCUUUGCUGAACAGUGCUUUUGAUGAGCAGUUGGCAUUCUCACGUGCCCUCAAAGAAUACGUGUCCACCGUGGACCCCAGCUAUGCCAAAACGCACGAGGAUUUCUUCGUUGCAUUUGAGGGCAGCUUCGGAAAUAAGCACGUUACACCGAGAUCGUUGACUUCCAGAUUCUUGGGAAAUUUGGUUUGCGUCGAAGGCAUCGUUACGAAGGUCUCCCUGAUCCGGCCGAAGGUGGUCAAGAGUGUCCAUUACUGCCCAGCUACCAAGAAAGUUAUGGAACGUCGCUAUACGGAUUUGACAUCGUUUGAUGCUGUGCCUUCAAGUGCGGUUUAUCCCUCCAAAGAUGACGAUGGCAAUAUCCUGGAAACGGAAUUCGGGUUGUCCGUGUAUAAGGAUCAUCAGACUUUAAGCAUACAGGAAAUGCCAGAGAAGGCCCCAGCGGGACAAUUGCCGCGAUCAGUGGAUGUUAUUUGUGACGAUGAUUUGGUGGACCGCUGCAAGCCAGGUGAUCGUGUCCAGAUCGUGGGUAAUUAUCGUUGCUUGCCAGGCAAACAGGGAGGAUACACAACGGGUACCUUCCGGACGAUCCUGAUCGCCAACAAUAUCUCCCAGUUGAACAAGGAAAGUACUCUGAACGUGACGCGGGAGGAAAUCAACCUGUGCAAGAAGUUGGCAAAGCACCACGAUAUCUUCGACGUUCUUUCGAAAAGCUUGGCUCCUUCCAUCCACGGCCACGAAUACGUCAAGAAAGCCAUUCUCUGCCUUCUGCUCGGAGGAAUUGAGAAAAACCUGGCCAAUGGAACUCGCCUUCGAGGAGACAUCAAUGUGCUCCUGAUUGGAGAUCCUAGUGUGGCAAAGUCUCAGCUGUUGCGCUAUGUGCUUAACACGGCUCCACGUGCCAUCACUACUACAGGUCGAGGUUCCAGUGGUGUUGGUUUGACCGCGGCCGUUACAACGGACCAGGAAACGGGCGAACGUCGCUUGGAGGCCGGUGCUAUGGUUCUGGCCGAUCGAGGUGUGGUGUGCAUCGAUGAAUUCGACAAGAUGAGUGACAUCGAUAGGACGGCCAUCCACGAAGUUAUGGAACAGGGUCGAGUGACGAUUUCCAAGGCGGGAAUUCAUGCCGCUCUCAAUGCCAGAUGCUCGGUUUUGGCUGCGGCCAAUCCUGUCUACGGAAGGUAUGACCAGUACAAAACCCCGAUGGAAAAUAUUGGCCUGCAGGAUUCUUUGCUGUCCCGUUUCGAUUUGCUGUUCGUCAUGUUGGACGUCAUCGAUAGCGAUCACGAUCGAAUGAUUUCCGAUCACGUGGUUCGAAUGCACCGUUAUCGCAAUCCGAAGGAGCAAGAUGGGGAUGUCCUUCCAAUGGGUGGUACCGCUGUGGAUAUGUUGUCCACUAUCAAUCCGGAAACACGCGACGAAAAGGAAACACCAAUGUACGAAAAAUAUGAUCCUCUUUUGCACGGAAAUACCCGCAAGAAGACCGAUCAAAUUUUGUCGGUUGAUUUCAUGCGAAAGUACAUUCAUAUUGCCAAGUGCCUAAAGCCCAAAUUGACGGAAGCUGCAUGUGAAUUGAUUUCCAAUGAAUACUCUCGUCUUCGCUCGCAAGAUAUGAUGGAUUCUGGUGUAGCUAGAACACAACCGGUUACGGCUCGUACUCUGGAAACCUUGAUUCGUCUAUCGACCGCUCACGCCAAGGCUCGGAUGGCCAGAACCGUUACUGAAAAAGAUGCCCAGGCUGCGAUCGAGUUGAUCCAGUUUGCCUAUUUCAAGAAGGUGUUGGAAAAGGAAAAGAAGAAGCGCAAGCGUGCCGAAGACGAUUCCGAAGGCGAAGAACAAGAAGAGGAUGACGAAGAGGAAACACCAUCAGGAACUCAAAGCGCACGUGCCAAUCGACGUGCGAAGCGUACCCGUACCGAAGAUCAAGAAUUGUCCGACACUGAGGAACUGGUGACACCGGCACCGGAUGCUGGUGAUCUUACCAAGAGACCAACCAUCUCUGCUCCUGGAACAAGCGGCAGCACACCCUCGACGGUUCCGAUGGAAACCGAAGAAGUCGUGGAAAUCUCCGAGGACAGAUUCAAAAUUUUCAAGCAGGGCGUUUCACAAGUAUUCCGUCAAGCUCGGGAGCAAUCUAUGGCAGUGCCCCGUCUCACCAAGCACAUUAACGAAAACAGUGGUGCGGAGGCAUUCUCCACAGGUGAAGUGAAAGCAGCCAUCGCUCGGAUGACCGACGAUAAUCAGAUUAUGAUGCACGAUGACGUUGUGUUCCUGAUCUAAGCAUUUGAUUUUUUUUACUUUACAUAUAUUUUGUACCUUACUACGUUUACUGUUAAAAUAUAUCAUUAGCUUAAGUAUCGUAAAAUUGUUCAAUAAAAACAAAUUUUUAAGUCACACAACAAGUACUAAUA